GAAGAGGUCUGGGCGUACAACAAACACUAAAGAAACCCUAGUUUUCGAAUCCAUUUUGGCGAUACUGUUAGACGGCGCGAGCUUCUCGAUCUUUUCUCUCAGACACAGUUCUUCUCUUCAGAUCAAACAAUGUCUCUGGUUGCAAACGAGGAGUUUCAGCACAUUCUGCGUGUGCUCAACACUAACGUUGAUGGUAAGCAAAAGAUUAUGUUUGCCCUUACUUCAAUCAAGGGUAUUGGGAGGCGAAUGGCCAACAUUGUCUGCAAGAAAGCCGAUGUCGACAUGAACAAGAGGGCUGGUGAGUUAUCUGCAGCUGAGAUUGACAACCUCAUGACAAUUGUUGCGAACCCAAAGCAGUACAAGAUUCCAGACUGGUUCUUGAACAGACAAAAAGACUACAAAGAUGGAAAGUACUCUCAAGUUCUCUCCAAUGGUCUUGACAUGAAGCUCAGGGAUGAUCUUGAACGUCUCAAGAAAAUCAGGAACCACCGUGGUCUGAGACACUACUGGGGUCUCCGUGUCCGUGGACAACACACCAAGACAACUGGUCGCAGAGGAAAGACUGUUGGUGUGUCUAAGAAGCGUUAAGCCCUAAUGUUGCUUGUUGCAGCUGGAUUGGAUCUUUGUUAAGGACCGAUUUUAAGUUUUGUUAUUCGUACAAUUUUGCACGACUUGAUUCCGGGUCUUGCACGACUCGAUUUUGGGUCUUUUAUGAGAGAUCUUUACUACUGUUUUAUUGCAUUCUAAGAUAAUGUUUUGUCGUCGAAUCUUUAUAUCACUUCUCUAGGUUGCAUCUUUUGAUUUCCUAAGCAAAAUUACUCGCAUUGCUGUUUUGGAAAAAUAGUAUGGAUUUGUUUGGUAA